AAUUUAAAUGUUUGGUGAACUAUCCCUGUUGGAUGACAUGCGGGUUGAAGCGAGUAUAAAUCUAAAUAUUUAUUACGAUAGCUAUAUACACUUCAAUGAGAUAUUUGAAGUCCAACAGUAUGUAUUUUCAGUUGUGCUGAAUUUUAAACUAAUAGCCAAACUGUAAAUGAACCAGAUUUAGAUUAGUAAACAAUGUUACAAACAAUUUCCUGUUUUAAAGUUCUUCUCAUUUCUGCACCCCCUGCGUCACAUGGACACAAAACAGUGUUAUGUGGUUUCCUGUUUAUCAUUGUGAACUGAUCUUUCGUAUUUCUGAGGUUUGCAUUAUGUUCCAAAUGCGUGCUGGCUUCAAGCAGACCUAUUUUUAGCAUGUAUUAUUUCAAAACGCAUUGUAUCGUCACAGCUGCGUCAUUAACAACACAUCUAAACAAAUUGUAAAUACUGUACUAUAGGCUGUUUGUACUGUAACUGUACAAUUCUAAAGUAAUCCUGUAUUUAUUAUUAGGGAAAGUAAAAACAAUGAAAGUACCAAACUCCCAAAGUAUAACUCACGAGUAGCCACUCGCGUGACUGGUGUGAGUGGGUGGGCGUUUAAAAGACAGAUUUUCCUCGAGCAGAUGCUCCCGUGACCGUGAAUCACUGAAUCACGCCCCGAAACCCACCACCGCAACUUUCUUCUGUCCCCACGAACACGUUUUGUCACGCGCUUGGACUCCGCGACAUUAAAUAUUAAUAUAGCGUGGAAAUAUGACUCGCGCGAGCAGAAUCGAGUUACUCUGUGGAUGUUUCACUCGCACGGUUACUUACACGGUGUGUUUAAGGCACCAGGGCGUGGAAGUAUGCGAUCUACCUGAGCGAGAUUGUUCCACCUGUAGGUCACAGGAUGCCGGUGCAGGCAGCUCAAUGGACCGAGUUUUUAUCCUGCCCUAUCUGCUAUAAUGAGUUUGAUGCCUGCAGCCACAAGCCAAUCAGCCUCGGCUGCUCGCACACCGUCUGCAAGACCUGCCUCCACAAACUGCACCGCAAGGCCUGUCCUUUUGACCAGACGGCUAUCAGCACUGACAUUGAUGUGCUGCCUGUCAACUGUGCCCUCCUGCAGCUGGUGGGGGUGCCGGUUCCUGAGGGAGAGGUUGUGAGUGUGGGCAAUGCUGAAGACACGAGACAUUAUGAAGUGUGCAGGAUGUGUGUGGAGGAGCUGGCGCUGUACCUCAAACCAGUCAGUGGAGGAAAAGGUGUAAUGUCGGCGAGUUCAAGUGCUCUCAGUCGGCCCAUGCAGAGGAAGCUGGUGACGCUGGUGAACUGUCAGCUGGUGGAGGAAGAGGGCCGCGUGCGGGCGGUGCGGGCCUGCAGGUCUCUGGGUGAACGAACCGUCACUGAGCUCAUCCUGCAGCACCAGAACCCACAGCAGCUCUCUGCAAACCUGUGGGCUGCAGUAAGGGCACGCGGGUGCCAGUUCCUUGGGCCUGCCAUGCAGGAGGAUGCUCUGAAGCUGGUGCUGUUGGCUCUGGAGGAUGGAUCUGCUCUGUCAAGGAAGGUUCUGGUUCUGUUUGUGGUGCAGAAACUGGAAGCGCGGUUUCCUCAGGCGUCAAAGACCAGCAUAGGGCAUGUGGUUCAGCUGCUGUAUCGAGCCUCCUGCUUUAAGGUGACCAAACGUGAUGAAGACUCGUCACUUAUGCAGCUCAAAGAAGAGUUUCGCACGUAUGAAGCCCUGCGGCGAGAACACGAUGCUCAGAUUGUUCACAUCGCGAUGGAAGCAGGACUGCGCAUUUCACCUGAGCAGUGGUCAUCUCUGCUGUACGGCGACCUCACGCACAAAUCUCACAUGCAGUCCAUCAUAGAUAAGCUUCAGUCCCCAGAAUCCUUUGCGAAGAGCGUGCAGGAGCUCACCAUAAUCCUGCAGAGAACAGGAGACCCAGCCAACCUGAACAGCCUCAGAGCUCCUCUCGAGCUGCUGGCCGGCAUCGACCACAACCCUGAUGCAGCUGCUCCAUCUUGGCCAGAGCUUGAGAGUGUGUUACUAGCCGUGAAGGUUGUUGUCCAUGGGCUUGUGGAGUUCAUCCAAAAUUUUAGCAAAAAGAGCAAUGAAAGCCCUCAGGCUCAACCCAACAGCAAGUACAAAACAAGUAUGUGCAGGGACUUACGGCAGCAAGGCGGCUGCCCGAGAGGAGCCAGCUGUACAUUUGCCCACACGCAAGAGGAGUUGGAGAAGCACAGAAUGAGAAAUAGGAAAGCUAGUGGGGCGGUGAGGCCGUUUCUGUCAGUUCCAGCAGUGAUGGCCAAAUCUUGCACCAAGGCAGGGUCAGAGGUAGGCCCCGGAGGGAUAAAGAACCAUGAGAAAGAUGCCUCAGAGGACGUGUCUCCAACUCAGCUCAUCCCUAGAGGAGGAGACCAGCAGGAGGACAAAAUGCUGCUCAGUGGUGUUAACGGAUUGCAUGUGACCAGCCUAGAACAGAAUCUUGGCAGUCACAGCCAGUCUCCUUCCAUAUCUUCAGUGAUGUCUACAGACAGACACGGGCAUGUCCAGAUGAGGGCUCACCCUGAGUACUGCUCUCAGGACCAGAGACCAUAUGAGCUGACACCCUACCCUCAGUCCACCAUUCCUCCGAAGUCAUGCAGUCCUCGCUUCCAUCGUUCCAGCAAUGUGCCCGAGUCCAUGUUACCCCCUUCAGUGGGUCCUGUGUAUCCUGAUCAGCACCCCUCUGUUCCUGCUUUAGACAGACUAGGCCCAAGUCAUUUUGGGCCGCCCUCUGCCUACUCCUCUCAUGGCAUGUACACCCCUGUUUACGACAGCCGGCGCGUGUGGAGGCCACCGCUGUAUCCCAGGGAUGGAGGAAGGAGUAACUCUCUCCCUCUAGAGGUUUUUCGAUCCACUGUUUAUCAGCCACCGCUCCGGGAGCGAUACAACUCUCUAGACAGUCCAUACUGCAGCACGACGGAGCAGAGAGCCACUAUGCACAGGGACGCAUACACUCGUGUUGAUGAACUCUAUCGACACAAACAGGAACACUGGGUACAUCACCACAGCAAUGUGAACCGGGCAUCCCAGUCAUCCCCAGUCUUCACUGUGGACAUGUGUCCAGAGCAUCCCGAGGGUGUAGGUGGUGGGCGUAUGACUUGCAAGUGUCAUGGUGGAGAAGAGAGUCUUGCCCACUACUCGCCCUGGUCGUGCAGCACCAUCAGCCCAUUUGAGUCAGAGCCCCAUCAUUUGCCAACCCACUCCUGUUCCAAACAUCUAGAAGAGGAGAGUGGUGGCAAACGGUGGUUGCAUGUGUUGGAACCAUACAGACGACUGAAAGAAGAAGAUCCCAUUAUUCCUUUUGGAGAAGGGCCCAUCAUCUCCAAAUGGGGAGCCAUUUCACGCGCUUCUCGCACCGGUUUUCACACCACUGACCCGGUCCAGGCCACAGCAUCACAGGGGUGCACCGGUACCACCUCCAUCAACUUCAGAGACUAUGGCUGUCAUAUUGGUCACAGUGACCUUAGAUGGGGCCCACGCAGUUCUGAUUCCUCCACUCACUCCAGCUUUUUAGAAAGCGAUCAUCUGGCAGUUUCUGGACUGCAUGCAAGACGAACUUCCUUCAGCAGUGGGACAAAGCAGGGCUUGGAUCUGAUGGGGAAGGAUGAGACAGAGAAUGAAACUGACAGGGAUAUUGAGCUGGAGCUGUCUGCUUUGGACAUCGAGGACACAGAGACACACGACUGCAACUCGGAGGACACAAUGGAAAUGCAAAGCCGCUCCCAAAGCAGCCACCUCUCUACAGUCUUUAGUGAUCCAGCAUCCAGUUCACAGUUAGAAAAUGACCUGCCUGACAGAAUGGAUGCUAACCUUAUGAAAAAAAUGGCAUUCAGAAACACCCUCUCACCUGGAGGUCUGAGUAUGAGGAAGAUACCGAUAAGAACGUGUUCACCCAGGCUUGGAGAUUCCCGGCGCCCCAGUCCAGGACCUGAAAUGCUGCUAAAUGGUACCUGAAUUGGGGUGGACGGAACAUCCCUCCUUGUCUUCUAAUGCCAUGGGGUCAUGCCAAGAAUCCACCAUCCUCCUUAGGUAGAAGGUAGAGUUGUCCUUAUAGGAGUCAAUCAAGGCAGCGAGUCGCAGCCAAAAAAGCCUUCUGUAUUUAUGUGUUCUCUUCAUAAGAGCUAGCUAUGCCCUGUAAUUGUAAUCACUCAUCAUCUGUUCGGAGUUGGUUUGUUUUUCUUAAUCACUGCUUGUGGAUGAAUGUUCAUGUUGAGUCACAACUCCACCUCAGGUAACUCUUGAUGUCAGCCAAUCAGAACUUGGUCCAAGCCAGGAAAACAAUUUCCCAUGUUCCCUAAUUCUGUACAAAAGUGACGGUUUUCACUAGCUUUUAGCACACUGAGGAAACUAUAAUCUACGGUAUUAUGACUAUAUAGCGGAAUCUUCCAAUAUAUAUCACGAAUAACCAUGGUGCUUGGAAUCUGUAGUUCUUGCAUUAUUGUUAAUAUUACCGCAGUGUUAGCCACUGAAAUGUUAUGUGCAUGAAUUGUUUGUUGGGGAUCAUUGUUUGAAACAUUCAUUGACCGUUGUUUAAAUGUGUUUGUGUGUGUAUGUGUGUAUGGAUUGUGGUAGAUGUCUAAUAUCUCUAAGAGACAUUUUACAGGCAGUCAGUCAAAACGUGUUUUCUUCACAAACUAAAGUGAAACAGUUCGUUAAAAAAUGAAAAUUCUUUACUUUAGUCAUUCCAAACUUAUGAUCCUGUGAAGUGGCCCAAUGUGCCAUUUCCAAACGUUAUGAAGUUCUUUGUGAGGAAUUUAAGUCAAGACCCUAAAAAUCUUUCAUUGUAGCUGUGAAAUCUGUUGUGUUCAUCUGUUCAAAUUCAGAUGUUUAUUAUCAAAAACUCAUCAAAACUUAUUGCAUCAAUUUUGUUGUCAUUACUUAUUUAGUCAUACUCCACGUGUUCCAAACCUGUUUGAGUUCCAUUCUUCUGUUGUGCACAAAGAAAGAUCUACUCAAUUCUUGGGGAAAAUAAGCCAGCCUUUGACUUGAGUAAAGGGAAAGAAUAUUCAUUUUUGAGUGAAUCGUCCUUUUAAGUUAAGACUCAAAAGUGAAACAAGUGUUGAGUUGGGACAGAGACCAGUCGAGACUAAGACGUUCUGAGACACAAUUUUUGAGUCAAGAAUGUGACCAGAAGAGAGACUUGUUUUGAGUCAAGAUAACCAGCAUAUGCAUCAGGCUAAAGCAGUGGUUUUAAACCAUCUGCCACAUUCUGUCUUUAUAUUUUGCACUCAAAAGUGCUGUGAGUGAUGGCAUUUUGGAUUUUGUCUUUCCAAUGUAGUGGUUCUUGUAAAACACUUCUCAAAAUACCUUAAAUG